AUGAUUAGCCCCUUUUUGAAAGUUUAAAUGUUUUGAAUGAUGAUAAAUUAAAGUAAGCACUUGGAUAGAUUAAAGCAUAUGAAAAAAAUUUUAUUGAUUAAACGGAAAAAUAAAACAUCCUUUAAAGAACCUAAAUAAAAGAACAACUCAAUCCUAAACUCUUGACUGAUGAUGAUAUCGAAAAGAAUGUUCUGGUGAAAAAUUAAAGUUUAUUAUGCAAAAUAAGUAGCAAAAAAAAAUCUAUCGAUAAAAAAAUAAGGGAGCUAACCUUAACACUUGAGCCUCCUAAAAAUGAAGCUGAUUCUACUAAUUUACUUUCUCAACUCUAUCUUUCUGAAAGACAUAGAAGACAAAAGACUGAAUAACAAAUUGUUUCAAUCUCAAAAAAAACUCCUUUAAUGAAGAAAAGAUCAUUUGAAACUAGAAUUAGAUGUGUAAAUACUACACAGCCUCAAGACAUACCAAAAUUAAAUGUUUUUAUAUGCACAGUUAUUACUAAAUUGUUUAAAAAUUAAUAAUUAAAGACAGAAAAAACUGAAGAGGACUUGUUAAAUUAUAAAUUACAAAAAUCUAACUAUAAUGAAAUAAAGAAGAACCUUGAAAUUCUUUAAGAUAGUCCAAGAUUAGUCUAAAAAAAGACUGGAAGUGAAACUACAUUAAGCAAAAGAAUUCACUCUACUACAUCAAGAUAGUAAACUAGUCCAGUUACAUCGAGAUUCAAAUAGAUUGACAAAAUUACUCCAAUUUCAUUUAAGACUUAGCUCCCAUUUGUGCUAUAAAAUAAAUACUUUGGUUUAACCUCUAAAGAACAAUGA